AUGCCUCCAUACAAUAUUGUCGUCUUCGCUGGGGACUACUGCGGCCCAGAGGUCACGGCAGAAGCAUUGAAGAUUCUUCGCGUAGUAGAGAAAGAACGACCACACAUCAAAUUCGACUUCCAAGAACACCUGCUAGGCGGGGCCUCCAUCGACGCCACCGGUUCCCCUCUCACAGACGAAGCCCUCGCCGCAGCCAAAAAAGCGGACGCGGUCCUCUUAGGCGCAAUAGGUGGCCCCAAAUAUGGCACCGGCCCCGUCCGCCCUGAACAAGGCCUCCUCAAGCUCCGCAAAGAACUCAAUACCUUCGGCAACCUACGCCCCUGCAACUUCGCUUCCGACUCCCUGACCUCCAUCUCCCCUCUCAAAGAGCACAUCUGCCGCGGCGUCAACUUUACCAUCAUUCGCGAGUUGACCGGGGGCAUAUACUUCGGAGAGCGGAAAGAGGAGGAAAACAACGACGGUUACGCUUGGGAUACCGAACCCUACUCACGGGCGGAAAUUGAGCGCGUGACGAGAUUAGCUGCGCAUUUGGCUAUGGCUACGGAGCCACCGCAGAAAGUGUGGAGUUUGGAUAAGGCCAACGUGCUUGCUACGAGUCGGCUGUGGAGGAAGGUUGUCAGCGAGGUUAUGAAGAACGAGUUUCCGCAACUACAGCUUGGGCAUCAUUUGAUUGAUAGUGCAGCUAUGUUGAUGGUCAAGGAUCCAAGGGCCCUGAAUGGAGUUAUUGUCACAAGUAACUUGUUUGGGGAUAUCAUAAGCGAUGAGGCGAGUGUGAUACCUGGAAGUUUGGGCUUGUUGCCCAGUGCGAGUUUGAAUGGGGUGCCGGAUGGGAAAAGUGUGGUCAGUGGGAUUUAUGAGCCCAUACACGGCUCGGCUCCUGAUAUCGCAGGGCAGGAGAAAGUCAACCCCGUGGCAAUGAUCCUAUCAACGGCUAUGAUGCUUCAAUACUCCUUCAAUCAACCAGAAGAAGCAAAGGCAAUAGAGGAGGCGGUCCGGCGGACGAUCGAUGCCAAUGUGCGCACGGGCGACAUUGGAGGAAAGUCGAGCACCAAGCAGGUUGGCGAUCACGUUGCUCAAGAAUUGUCCAAGAUCUUGUCUGGAUAG